UCUCAUACUCGCUACUUCACCACUGUUCACCCAUUGUAUUCAAACAUUGGUCCACUUAUACAAGUGACCUUUGGAGUCAUAGACGGCGAGACGACAAAGGUCAUUCAUUAUCCUCCCUACAAGAACGAUUUACACGUCACGAAUUUUGUCUGACAGUCUUCCAACACCGCAACAACAUGUCGCACAGCAAGACCGCUCUCGUCACCGGUGGGACCCGAGGUAUCGGCUACGGUAUAGCCGAGGAGCUCGCCUCUGCCGGGUACGAUCUCGUUCUAGGUUACCAAAAGAACCAAGAACGCGCCCAAGAAGCCAAAGGACACCUGGAGGGUGCGUACAAGGUGCGCGUGUUCCUGGUCGGCGGCACGACAGAAGAAGAAGCCACGGUGGACGCUUACUUCUCCUGUAUCGACGAAAACUUCGGCGGCAAGCUGACUGCGCUCGUCCACAAUGCCGGUGGUUACUGGGGAGGCAUCGCAUCCGGCAAACCCGACGACAACGGCAGCUGGUUCCAGGGCUGGGAGGCGUACGAGUACUACCAGGGCAUGUACCCGAAAUGUUUCAUCAGGCUCGUGGAAAAGGCAGUCACCCGUAUGGAGGACGAGCGAGGCUACAUCGUCACUGUAUCCUCUCCUGGAUGCAAUAAUAACCAAAGUCCCCAUCUCAACUACAUCAUGCCUGGCAUCUCCAAGUCCAGUAUGGAGUACUUGGUUCGGCACUACGCUAAGCAACUGGCGCCCAGGAGGAUCACUUGUAACGUCAUCAUUCCUGGGUUUGCCAAGACCGAGGCCUGGGAUCCGAUGAUAGAGAGGAUGGGAGCAGACCGAAUGGACGGCUUUGUGAAAUCUUACGGCAUGAAACGGUGGAGCUCUCCGCGGGAAUAUGGCGGCGUGGUGGCGUUCCUGUGCUCGGAAAAGGCGGCGUUUGUCACCGGGGUUACCCUGCCCGUAGACGGGGGUUUUCACCUCGGCAAGUAGUCCUGGAGAAGUUGUAUACCGCCUGUUAUCUGGACCGCACGGGAUAGACCUGUAGCAGUCAAACUGGCCAUUGCCAAGUGGAAUGACUGUAAUUGUAAUUGUAAUGCUCAAUGCAACCACGAAGAGUUUUUUUUUAAUUCUUUGUUACAAUAAUAUGGACGCAUCAUUUGUUCGGAUUGCAUGCAAAUAACCGGUACGCGUAAAUAUACCAUACCGUGAAAGUGUAGCACAACUGUGGUCCGUUAUCUGGGUGAUAAGUUACCGCUGUUGCAUUACUGAGCCAGAAUACUAAUAUGUGAAUUACAUGUUGAGUUAUGAUUUGCUUGGCUGUAUAAACAAGUAAAGGGCAGUAUCUCCCAAGAUAUAUCGUCUGUGACUCUUUGAUCUACACAACACGUUGUAUUGAGGUCACCUGAGUGGCGCCGAAUGGUAGCUCGCUCCAAACCCUUGCGAUUUAGCCCCGCCUAUUGUAAGCUCCUCGCAAUUCAGCCCCUGGCUGCCAAGAGAGAGCAGUCGGCUCACCCAAUAACAAAUAAUAAAUAACAAACAACAACGUUAUGUAACUGAUCUCUUACCAGUAUCAUCUAACCUCCGUAUCUUCCUACUGUCACGUUCUGAGCACGU